CUUUCCACUUGAAACGUGAUGAACUUUGUUUUUGGAACGUGAUGAACGCGGUGCGACAUGCGUAAAAGCGGUUCUCUGGGAACUAUUUUUAUUUACCUGACAUUAUACGGUUAUUCCCGUACACGCAUAAUUAAACACGAAGACAAACAAUGAUCUUGAAACGUGUAGCUCGACGACGCAAAUAUUUAACGGGGACAAGUGCUGACCAAUCAAAAUCAGUCUUACUUACGUAAUCUUCAUGAGACAUAGGAAAGGUGAAGGUCGCAGCUGUGUUGCAACGACUAAUGCGUUUCUGCGACAUUGGCCCUACUUUCUAGUUUACAGCCCAAUACAGUAGUUGACAUUAAGUGCAGGUAGAUAAUUUUGACGAAAGAGAAUGCAGUCGGUAAGAAUUCUCGUGCAUCAUGGAAGAGGGGCGUGCAUUUCAUACUCAAGCCGCACGUUUUCGACUUCCCGAAGGGCGGAUCAAAAGUCGUACAAACUCGUUGUGGUGGGAGGUGGGGCAGGAGGCUGUAGCACCGCAUCACGCUUCUGUCGUCGUCUUGGGAAAGGACAAGUGGCUGUAAUUGAACCCUCUGAGGUUCAUUACUAUCAGCCCUUGUGGACUCUGGUAGGAGGUGGAGUCAGGAAAUUUGAAGAGACAGUGAGGUCCACAAAGGAUGUACUUCCUAAAGAAUGUGAUUGGAUAAAGGCAAAGGUCUUGAACUUUGACCCAGAUGACAACACCGUUACUACCAGUGAUGGACAGAAAAUUAAGUAUGACUAUAUGGUUGUGAGUAUGGGAAUGCAGUUGAACUUUAACCUGAUACCGGGAGCUCUUGAAGCCCUGAAGAACGACCCUCAGGUUGUAUCAAACUACGCCCCCUGGACAGUACCAAAAACAUACCCAGCCAUUAAAAACACGACAAGUGGGAAUGCUAUUUUUACUUUCCCCAACACUCCCAUCAAAUGUGCUGGGGCACCCCAGAAAAUCAUGUAUCUGGCAGAGGAACAGUUCAGACAGACUGGAGUGAGAGAUAAAGUGAAUGUGGUAUACAACACAGCCCUGGGGGUCAUCUUUGGCGUCAAAAAGUAUGCUGCCAGACUGAUGAAGAUUGUAGAUAAAAGAAACAUUAAAGUAAACUACAAGAGGAACCUGAUAGAGGUUAAAUCUGACAAAAAGGAGGCAGUGUUUGAAAAUCUGGACACUGGAGAGAAAGAGACAUUCACAUACAGUAUGUUACAUUUAACCCCUCCAAUGAGUGCACCUGAUGAACUCAGGCAGUGUAAGAAGCUAGUCAAUGAGGCGGGGUUCCUUGAGGUGAACAAUGAAACGCUCCAGAGCACGAGGUACCCCAACAUAUUCAGCAUUGGAGACUGCAACAGUGCUCCCACAUCUAAAACAGCCGCAGCAGUCGCUACCCAGGGUGGUGUGGUGCAGAAGAAUCUGUGCGCUCUGAUGGACGGUAAACCUAUGCUUAAGAAGUAUGACGGCUACACGUCUUGUCCUCUGAUCACGUCCCGCGGACGCUGCAUCCUAGCAGAAUUUGACUACAAUGGAAACCCCCUGGAGACGUUCCCCAUAGACCAGGGCAAGGAGCGCUGGACGAUGUACCACCUCAAAAACGAUGUUCUCCCAUUCAUGUACUGGAAUGCAUUGCUCACUGGGCACUGGAAUGGACCCGGAUUCUACAGAAAGGCAAUGAGACUGGGACUCAGUGAUGGCAGUGUAAAGCAAUAGAAUCUUGGAUCCACACCAGAAGAGAUAUCUUCAGUUAAAGUGAAUGUUUUGAUUCACCCCACAAAGAAAAAAACAGCAUUUGAACACUAGUCAGUGGUGUCGCAUAGUAUGUUCUCUGCUUUUGUCUUUUCGUUGGUAUUUUUCAGAAUUCCAUAUUGAAUUCCAUUGAUGUGUACACAUGAUAAAUAUAAAAUAUAUGCUAAAAGUUUUGGUUUGAAUUUUGAUCACCUUUUUGGAGUCGGUUUUAAAGCCAUGUGUGUAUUUGUUGUUUGUAUGUAUUUUUCUUUUGCAACGUACAUGUGCAGGUUUAUUGUAUUGAUUGGUCUGGUGAAUGUUUUUGUAUACUAACUUGACAGGAUGUUUUGCUUGUCGAGAUAAUGUAUAUUCUGAUCACACUGUGUCUAUGAGAUCAUUCUGAAUAUGUGUAUACAUGUGUACUUCAUCAUUGAAAAUUUGAUAUGAAUAUUCAUUCUCUAGGUGUUGAUUAUUAUCGGAUUGUGUUACAAUAUUGUUUGCGCGAUAUGUGAUUUCAUCUUGUAACGAUUUUCCAAAAUACUUAUAUUUUGAAAAAGAAGAUGUUGAAUUUGAAAUAUAUACAUAUAUUUGAAUCCACAAAUUUUAUGAUUAGGAUUGUUGUUAUUAUUAUUUUUUUUAUAGAUAAGUUUCAUUUUCUAUGAAAGAAGUAAAAAAGCUUUUUACAUUGUACCAGUAAAUUUAAAGUUGAUCUAAAAAAAGAAUUGAUUUAUUGAAGCUUGGUGCUAGCUUGAGGUGAUUUGUUUUCUCUCCAUUAGAGUGUAGGUUGUUUAUUCCACAAUGAGUAUUGCCAGUAUUACAAAUAACAAUGAGUAAUCCAAUAUUACUUACGUUUAAACAUGAGGGGCGACACCUUUAGAAUUGGAUUUUUCUUACAUCGAGACUUGUUGCAUGGCUGUUAUGAAACAUUAAACCUGUAUUAUUUUGCCAGUAUUACAGUUGAUUUAGUUGUAUUCAUAUGAGGCCUUGAUAAGUGUACAUAUCUAAAUUUCUGAGUGCUCAAUUUGUGAUUUGAUAAACGUUCCAAAUUAAAUAUUGUGUAGGGCAUAGUCAGUGUUCCUGCUUUUUGUAAUGGUGUAACUUGUACUUUGUUACCUUCUGUUUGGAUUUUGAAUUGUUAGAAAAAAUUGGGUGUUUAGAAUUCUAGAUAGUGUGUCUCUGUGUGAAUAUGAAGCGGAGAUUGUUAGUUACCAUGACAACCUAUGUAAAUGAAAGUAAUGAUGUAUUUGGCUUUAUUUGUAUGAUAUCAUCAACAUUUGCUUUUAUAUCUUGACUGGUCAGGUACAUGUAUAUUAUGUUGACUGGUCAGGUAUAUUAUAUUGAUUGGUCAGGUACAUAUAUAUUAUGUUGACUAGUCAGGUAUAUUACAUUAGUACCUUGACUGGUGAGGUGUAUGAAUACUAAUUGCUUACAAGAAUUCUAUUUCUAUGCAUUGAAAUUUUCAUGAUUAAUUAAAGGUUCAAUAUAAAGGCAAUGUGUGAAUUGUGAGGUCUGUUUAUCUGUGUAGUAUACUGUGUAUAUGCAUUGGAAAACAUUUCUGAUAACUUUUGAUUGCAUUAAUCAUUAUGACAGUGCUUUGUCAUUAAUGAAAGUAGAAUUGCGUGUGUAUUGUCAUCUUUGUUCAAUUGAAAUGAUUUCCAUGAAAUGGCACAAAUCAAGAAGAAUAUAUUGACAUAGUUCUAUAUGUCAUUGAUUGAGAUUCUAAAUCUCUAUACAAUGAAAAGAAGUCUGCAGAAAUCACAGUGCAACCUUUCUAAUUGGGAUGUUAUGUAAUCUGAAUGUUUUUUGCAAUAUAUAUCUGUACACAUGCAGUUUUAAACCAACCUUUGAAUGAUUUUGUAAAAUCCUGGUGGAUAUUUUAUUCAUAAAACUUUAUUUUGUCCUACCUAACACGGCCAGGUUAGGGAAGUUCACUGUGCUACAUGUAUAUAUUUUCUGUGCCAUCCAUUGUGAUUUGCCCAAAUGGUGUGCUAUAUUUGCAAUGCAAUCAAUGUAUUUUUAAUGAAUGAUCUUAUAUUUUUUGUAAUCCUGUUGUUUUUCUUGUAAAGAUUUCUUAGUUGAGGCUGGGCGGUUGUGAAUGCUUUGGUUUGUCAUAGAAUGGUUAGAUGGUGAAAUCUGUAUGAACCAUGUCAAAGCGAAAUAUACUUGAUCUGCAAAAUUGGAAGUACCUGUGUAUUUUACAAUGGGAGGAAUGGUUACCUCUAUAAGAGAUAAGUAGCAGAAUUUAGAUCGUGAAACAUAACAAAACUUUUCACUGUUCAAUGUCGUAUCACUUCAUGUUAAAAUAGUAAUCAAGUAUAUGGCAGAAUAUUGAUGAUGUGUGUCAUAUAGAAGCAAAUACAUAUUUCUAGUACUGUCUAAUCAUGUUAAAUAAAAUUUGUUGAUAAAAAAAAUGUGAUACAUGAAAUUAAUGGUUGCAAAUGAACAUGUUUAUAAGAUAGGGAUGUUAUUGUCUGUGUGUUUGAGAGUUAAGAUGCAUUUUUGUUGUCUGUGUGUUUGAGAGUUAAGAUGCGUUUUUGUUGCAAAGAUUUGUACACUUACACAUUGAUGUGGAUCUACAAGAGAACUAUGACAGUGUACAUAUAUAUAUAUAUCUUUAAUAAAAACUUUCAUGAAAGCAAA